CUAUCUGUGGACAUGGCUGCAAGUAUGGCGAGUGCACGGGACCAAACAAAUGCAAAUGUUUCCCUGGAUUUACAGGGAAAACCUGUAAUCAAGAUCUGAACGAAUGCGGGCUGAAACCACGUCCCUGUGAACACAGAUGUAUGAAUACGCAUGGCAGCUACAAGUGCUAUUGUCUCAACGGGUACAUGCUUAUGCCAGAUGGCACAUGUGCAAGUUCUAGGACAUGUGCCAUGGUGAAUUGCCAAUAUGGAUGUCAAGAAGUCAAAGGGGAGGUACAGUGUCUUUGUCCAUCAGGUGGCCUUCAGCUGGGACCAAACAGAAGGACGUGCAUUGACAUUGAUGAAUGCUCUACUGGCAAGACUGUCUGCUCUCACAACCGCAGAUGUGUCAACACAUUUGGAAGCUACUACUGCAAGUGCCAGCUUGGUUAUGAACUAAAAUACAUCAGUGACCAUUAUGACUGUGUAGAUGUAAAUGAAUGUGUGACAAAUGCACACAGGUGUAACCUCCAUGCAGAGUGCCUCAACACCGAAGGAUCCUUCAAAUGCAAAUGUAAACAGGGCUACCGAGGAAAUGGAUUUGAUUGCACUGUUAUCCCUGAAAAGUCAGUGAAGGAAAUUCCAAGAAUCCCUGGAACAGCUAAGGACACAAUUAAGAAACUUCUUGCGCAUAAAAACAGUGUGAAAAAGCAUGAAGCAAUCAAGAAUGCAAUCCCAGAAGCAGCUGUGACACCAGCUUCUAAGACCCACUUGCAGUUAUUAGACUAUGAAGGUGGUAUUGAUUUUGGUGGAAGCUACACUGAGGAAGGGAAAGAAACUGAAGCUACUACAGAAGAGGAAGCAGAAGAAUCAGAUGAAGAGGAGCAAGAAGAUUUCGAGAAUCAGAUUGACCAUGAGCAAAGCCUUAGAGGAGAUGUAUUCUUUCCCAACGCGAAAGAAGCAGCUGCCUUCGGCCCUCGCCUGGCACAGAGGAAAAUUCCAGUGUCGAGACCAGAGCAAGAAGUUGAUUGCAGCUUCAGUAGAGGGGUCUGCGAUUGGAAACAAGAUGCUGAUGAUGACUUUGACUGGAAUCCUGCUGAUCGAGAGAGAGGCGAUGGGUACUACAUGGCAGUUCCAGCAUUUGUGGGGCACAAGAAGGACAUGGGGCGUCUAAAACUUCUCCUCACCGACCUCAAACCAAAGAGCAGCUACUGCUUGAUUUUCAGUUAUCGGCUUGCUGGUGAAAGAGUGGGGAAACUUCGAGUGUUCCUGGCAAACAAAAAGACUGCUCCUGUCUGGGAGGAGAACAAAGGAAAAGACGAAAGGUGGAGAACUGGAAAAAUAGAGAUAUUUCAGGGAGCUGAAACAACCAACAGUGUCACUUUUGAAUCAGAACGUGGGAAGGGCAAAACUGGAGAAAUUGGAGUGGACAAUGUUAUACUCAUUUCUGGCCUAUGCCCAGAAGAUACCUGAUAAUGGAUAUUUGAGUAUACUGGAUUUAAUCCUAUUUUUAAUAUUUGCCUUACUAGUAGGGUAUUUUUGUAUCAUUUUCUUUAUAACAAAACCAAAACCAUAAAAACUGUGCCUUGAACUUAAUGCAGCAAUGCAGACAGAAAAACUGACGUGCAAGACGCAGAGUACACUUUUUAAUGAGUUACUCUAAUUCUAAUACAUGCUUUGAGAGUAGCACUACUGUAUUUUAUAAUUCAAGGUCAGGGUUUCUAAAGUAUUAUUUGUCUAGCAUUUUUACAAAUUCUACGUGCUCUUAUUCCUUAAAGUCCUUUUCAAGGCUAUUCUUAAGUCUUCUAUUUCA